AUUUUAUGCUACAUACAAGUUUUGCAACAACUAGGUCAAUUUAUUUUUUGUGUAAUUGAUGACUUUUACAGAAUAGUUUAGAUGAAUUAGUUUUUAUACUUGAUAUUGGAAUAAAACCCGAAACCGGUCUUGAAAAUAAAAUAACUAGUGGAAAUUAAACAACAGUAUUUUCAAUCAUUUCAUUAAAGUAUUGUAAGUACCUAUAUGGAAACGUAAUAUUUUGUACUUAUAUUUUUAAAUGCAUGCAGUAUGCAAAAAUAUUGCAUUUUUAUCCAGUUCUCAAACGCUGACAAAUCCUCUCGUGGCAAAAAUUUAUGGAUGCGCUUUAUUACUAAAAAAUGAAACUGCGAAAAAAAACAUCAAAGGUUCCAACAAAAGUGAAAAAACAUAAUAGUAAAAUUCUGUGGUGAAACCACAACAAACUACUGAUUAGCAUUAUCACAGCAUAGGUAUGCUGUAGCAUUAUACUGUGCUAACCUUACCUAACCCCUAACCUAACUUAUUCUGUGAUGUAGUGUUCAUUUAUGUUUACAUAUUUUUUUAUUCAUUCAAAAAUUGAAGAAUUGAAGAAUUUCCGUAUUGAACGAUUCAAUUGGAUUUUAAAUUUACUAAUGAGAAUGGUUCUUGUCGGAUAUUUCCAAACUUAUUAAUCAUGUUACUGAAAUUAGCGACAACCAAAGUUUUUCCUAAAAUAUUACCUAGAAAAAUGUUUUCUUCCAGCAGUAAUAAUUAUGUAAUAGUCGAGAGAGUAGGUCAAAUUACUACAAUAGGCUUAAAUAGACCUAAGACACGAAACUCUUUAAAUCUCGAAACUGCAGUACUUCUCAAGAGGGCAAUUGAAGAAUUCGAAGAUGAUAAAAACUCUUAUGUUGCUGUUAUAUAUGGAAAUGGAGGCAGCUUUUGUUCUGGUUUUGAUCUGAAAGAACUAGCAGAUAGUGAAAUUGAGCAUGACAUACAGAACUUCUUGGAACAUGGUUUUAUGAGUAUUUCAAAAUUUGUGAAAAAACUGAUGAUAGCAGCCGUAAAUGGCUAUGCGGUAGCUGGAGGCUUAGAACUUGCAUUAAUGUGUGAUAUGAGAGUUAUGGAAGAAACGGCAGUAAUGGGUUUAUUUGGGAGAAGAUUUGGUGUACCUUUAACUGAUGGUGCAACAGUUAGAUUACAAGCUUUGAUUGGUUUAUCCAGGGCCUUGGAUAUGGUUGUUACUGGUAGAUCUCUCAGUGCACAGGAAGCAUUUGAAUGGGGACUGGCUAACAGAAUAGUUGCUUGUGGAACAG